AGUUGCUACCGCACCGCUCCACUCUCCUAGCUCCGUUCCGUCUCCGGCCGCUUCAAAGCGCGCAGGCCACCAGCCCCGGUGGAGAUUCUCCGCCGACGCUGACAACCCUCCGUGCCGUGGACGACGAUGCUGUGCCUAGCCUCCUGCUCCUCCCCGCCCUCCGUCCCGCCGCGCCCCUCCUAUCCGGCUGCGGUCCGGCCCCGUCCGGGUAUCCGGGGUGGCUCCGGCGCCGGCGGCAAUGUGCCUUCUUCACUCCGCUGGCCGUCUCCACUGAAGGCGAAUAGCAGAAUUUAUGUUGCCGAGACUGCGCGGGAAAACAAAACUGUGGCAACAGAAGAUGGUGUCGGCCACCUUCCCAUAUACGAUCUGGAUCCGAAGUUGGCAGAAUUCAAGAACCACUUCAAUUAUAGGAUGAGAAGGUACCUUUACCAGAAACAUUUGAUUGAGAAACAUGAGGGAAGCCUUGAAGAAUUCUCCAAAGGCUAUCUGAAGUUUGGGAUCAACACAGAACCUGGCGCAACUGUAUACCGGGAAUGGGCCCCUGCAGCAAUGGAAGCACAACUUGUUGGUGACUUCAACAACUGGAAUGGCUCUGAGCACAUGAUGACCAAGGAUAAUUUUGGCGUCUGGUCAAUCAAGAUUCCUCAUGUCGAUGGGAAACCUGCCAUACCUCACAAUUCCAAGGUUAAAUUUCGAUUUAGGCACGAUGAAGUAUGGGUCGAACGGAUUCCUGCGUGGAUUCGUUAUGCAAUUGUUAAUACCUCUAAAUUUGGAGCUCCUUACGAUGGUGUUCAUUGGGAUCCACCAACUAGUGAAAGGUAUGUGUUUAAGCAUCCCCGGCCACAAAAGCCUGAUACUCCACGUAUCUAUGAGGCACAUGUGGGGAUGAGUGGUGAAAAGCCUGAAGUUUACAGAGAAUUUGCAGACAAUGUGUUACCACGUAUAAGGGCGAAAAACUAUAACACGGUCCAGCUAAUGGCAAUCAUGCAACAUUCCUACUAUGCUUCUUUCGGGUAUCACGUGACGAAUUUUUUCGCGGUUAGCAGCAAAUCGGGCACUCCAGAGGACCUCAAAUAUCUUGUUGACAAGGCACAUAGUUUAGGAUUGCGUGUUCUAAUGGAUGUUGUCCAUAGCCAUGCAAGCAAAAAUGUGACGGAUGGUCUAAAUGGCUAUGAUGUUGGACAAAGCGCACAAGAGUCAUAUUUUUGCACAGGAGACAGGGGCUAUCAUAAACUGUGGGAUAGCCGUCUGUUCAACUAUACGAAUUGGGAGGUAUUAAGGUUUCUUCUUUCCAAUCUGAGAUAUUGGAUGGAUGAAUUCAUGUUUGAUGGCUUCAGAUUUGAUGGGGUUACAUCCAUGCUAUACAAUCACCAUGGCAUCAAUAUGACAUUCACUGGAAAUUAUAAGGAGUAUUUUGGUUUGGAUACCAAUGUCGAAGCAAUUAUUUACAUGAUGUUGGCUAACCAUUUAAUACACAAACUCCUGCCAGAAGCAACUAUUAUUGCAGAAGAUGUUUCUGGCAUGCCAGUUCUUUGUCAGCUGGUUGAUGAAGGUGGAGUAGGGUUUGACUAUCGCCAGGCUAUGGCUAUUCCAGAUAGAUUGAUCGACUACUUUAAGAACAAAGAUGCCUAUGAAUUUCCAAUGAGUGGAAUAUCACAGACUUUGACUAACAUGAGUGAAGAUCAGGAUGCAAUUGAAAAUACGACUGCACAACAGACGACCCCAAGAUCAACUUUUGAUGUCGUUUCUAAGAUACCAUCACACAGAAGUGCCACAAGCACGUUCCGACAUAAUGCCCAAUUAGAGACAAAUCCAUCAAAGUCGCCAACUAUUCAAGCUCUUGAGGCUCUACUGUUGGCUGAGAGACAGAGCGCAGCUGCACUCCGAGAUGCAACUGACAUAAUGAGGAGGCAAAUAGAGCAAUCGGAUGCUCUCCUCACCCGAACCAAACAAGAGAUGGAGGAAUUUAAAAAGAAGCAAGCGAAGACCGACCAGAUUCUUCGGCUUCUAUUAUCCGGAGCUCAGGGUAAUCCCACUUCUUAAAUCUUAGUUGAAAUGCUGAUUCUCUUUGUGGACUUGUCAUGUGAGGAUGUGUGUGCAUGCACCUCUUAGAUGUAUGUCAAACAUAUAUGAGUGUAAUACGGGAUGUACCAGAAAUUACUCACUCUCCAAAUUUUGUAAUAGUCAAUUCAAAUUUUGUGAUA